CAAUCAUCUUCUGUGCCUACACAGUAUUAAACUAGUAACGAGGACUAACAAUUGUGUAAUUACAUCAGAUUGACUUCGUGUGCCUCGUUUUCCUUCGAAGUCAUGCCACACGCCGGCGCAGCUCCGACCGCUGCACAUUUCUGCCAGCAGGGAAUUUCCUUCUUCAACAGUUGUAAUGGAGGCGCCUCCGCAGGUUGUAGCUCACGACAGCCAUUCGAUUCUUGGAAAACAAGUUCUGAACUUCAUUCGAGACAAAUAGGUCCUCUGCGAGGCGGAGGACUAGUGUCGGCCGGAACGGGAGACGUUGCUGAUAUUACUUUCACAGUUCCGCGGGGACAUUGUAGAGAGCAAACUCGACACGUCGCAUCCUUCCUGGGGGACGAAAAGAACACGGGGGACGUCGGUACUUCUAGUGGCAAGAACACUGUAGCCGGCGCAAGCGCAACACCAACAUCUCCUACGACGACUAACACCAUCACAAAUCAUACUCCUGUCGAAGAAGGAGCACACGACGACCCUUCUGCUGCACUACCAACGAGGAGCACCAAAGCUGCAACGACAGCCACUGGAGGUGAUUGGACGGUCGGUGCCGCCGCCAUUUCUGGCCUGAUCGGGGGCUUGGCUACCAGUGCGGCGCUGCAGGUGACCGGCUUCGAGUUCUUCUUACCAUCUGUGGUACAACGGCGUCAACAAGGCCGCGAGACGAAUGGGUCACACGGCGCAGAAGAUGAAACACAUCAAACAAACCAGGCUACAGGCACAGGCAAACUACAUGGAUCUGCAGGGGGAGUGGACCUGCUCAGUGGAACUGGAGGCGUUUCCGAUUUGGAAGAGGGCGAUGAUGGUUUUCCUAAUGGAGAUGGUGCAGAUGCUGGACAACUACAAGGCUUCGCGACCGCUGGCACGACGGGCAAGAAACAAGGCAAGACCCUGAGCAGGACCCAAGCUCCUGCUGCAGAUGAAGAAGACGCAAUGCAAGAAAUGCUUGAUGCCGGAACAAGAUCAUCAAGGACAAGGCCUACAACUGUCGCAGGAGGUGUUGAUGACUCAGCGACGUCAAGUCCCGCCUCCUCUCAGUACCUAAGUCAGCUGCUGACCUAUCUCGCUGGCGGAGGGGGUGCAGCACCUUCCGCGGGCUUGACCGGGGGCCGCUCUAGUAGAGGGAAGAACGUAAAUAGAGGAAGAAAAGGCACAAAAGUUAUAGAGCGACAUCAUCCGGCGGCCACACAAACCCAAAAAUCUCAAUUCGGUGACGCAAUCCUUGAACAGAAAGACGACGUGCUUGCCGCCGCGAUGUUGGCACCGUUGCAGAUGCGCCAACUCCAGUUUUUCACGAAGAUGGAUCUGUACCGCGACCUGUCUUGCGGACUCGGCACGUUCUUCAGCUUCGGCGCCAAUGUCGUUCUCAGCUCGGCGACAGGGGGCAGCACUGGUGCUGGAGACCCGUGGUUCGUGUCUCUCUGGAGCGCGUCGGAUUGUCUACUCGCCAGCUACAAGAUCUUUCUCCGGACACGGUGUCUCCGCUUGCUGCAAAGCAACGAAGAGCAAGAAAAGUUGACGCAACGAUUUGCUGCAUUCGGACGUCGUGACGGAGAUCAUGUUGAAAAACAGGAUCCGCAACACGAAGCCAUUCUCCUUGCGCAAUUGUUCCGUUUGGACGCCUUCCUCUCCACGUCCGCCUACAAUAUUCUUCGCACGGUAGAAAAGGCUGCGUUCCUGCACGAGUGCCUCGGCGUGGCGAUUGCGGGGAAGGGUUUCUUACUCUCCGCUUUCUUCCCCUUCUUCCUCGGGGGUGGAUUUGGUGGCUCUUCUUCUGUCACCGACCUAGCCUUGCAGCACGGUGCAGCAGCAGGCCUUGCCGGGUCUACUUCGUUUCUGACGUGGAACUUGCAAGCGCGGGCGAUUGUUUUCGCCCUCACUUGGAUGUACCACGCGGGCCGGGCUGCGGACGGAAAACUGUGGCUGCAACUUUACGACCUGCUGUUUCAGGAGGACAGCAGCUACGGAGAAGGUGAGCAAAAGGAAUUUGAAAGUGUCACUCCGAGUGGUGCACCAGCACCAGCUCAUCAUCAAGCCAGCAACACGAUACGACAGCAAGCUCCUGAAGGAGACCAACAGCACCAGCAGAAUCUGAAUCACAUUCACAAUGACAAUCCUAGGUCACCUCCGCCAGGACGAGCUAUGAUGUUCUACGAUUCAUCAUCUUCUUUCGCCGAUUUCGUCCGGCCGGUUGAUGGUUGUACUACUGGAGGUGCAGUAGAUGAUCGUCAUGCUGCCUCUACCACCACGACCUCCCCGACCUCCGCAGCACCUUCGCUACGAAGUGUCGGCCGCCGACUCUUGUCCAUCCUUGCCCGGGAAACCGGACAGUUGCAGCGCUCCAAGCAGCAGUGUCGGACGGUUUUGGCAUUGGAGCGGGAGGUAGUGAGGAAAAACCUCGAGCGGCUGUCUUCGGAAAAGGAGCAGGAAGUGGCGCGUUUGCGGGAAUUGUCGUUACGGCUGGUGGAUCUGGAAUGUUGCGGGGAAGAACAAGAUGGUGCAGAUGCACCGCAAAUUUCUGCACACUCACGACCAGCAUAUCAAGAACAGGAACAACAUCAACAUGAUUUAGCGCUAAGAGAAGCAGAGCGACGAGCGCAACGCGAUGAAAAUGGGAAUGUCGAUUCUAAAAACCACCAGAAUCCUGUUGAUGCCGCUGCGUUCCGCUUUGCAGCGCCGAGUGCCCGCGGGGUUCGAUCCGCUCGUCGUGGAGCAAUCCUGUCUUCUGCUGGGCCGACGCCACGAGAUGGACGAGAUGGAGAGCAUUUAUUGCGCAGUAACCUGGUUCACCCGAUGAGAGACCCGCAUCCGUAUGAGGAGCAGCAUGACGGCUAUUAUUCAUCGCGAUUCGGAGGAGCUACAACCACGUCCCGCGAGGACCGGAACUUCAUGACCACUCCGAGGACGCACGACCCCGUCCGCGCAGGGGUCUUCUACUUCCCACCCUCGUCGAGUAGGAGUACCGGCAAGAUGCACCAGCAUGAAGGUCGCGUACAUCAACAUGGCGAUCAUGUUGUCGGUGAAUUCGGUCAUAACCAGCACCAGCCCGCCCCCGCCCCGGCCCCGUGGGAUGCAUCCGACGUCGAAAUCUACGAUUCCCCGGCUAUUUUGCAGUAUAAUUACAACAGUGAGCAAGAGGAUCAUGCAGUUACUCUCGACAAGAACAUUGAUCAUGCGAACCACGAUCAUGACAACAUCAACAGUGGUGUACUCCAUGCUGACGGUAUUAACAAUUCGCGUUUUGACGCACUCGACGUAUUUUACGGACUGGACAUGGACCACGCUGCGGACCAUCGUGCUGCUGCUUAUGCAUUGCGAAGAUGUCUGGGUCUCGUCUGGAAACUUGUGAUGCAGGGUGGACAAUCAUGCGGACAUCUCGAUUGACGGCCAAGCAUGACAACUUUUUGAGCUGCUUCUACGUGUUGCUUCUUCUGCACGGCAAAUUGCGUUUCUUCUUCUGAAAAAGUAGCGUUUGCUACUUUGGGGUAACGUGCAUGACAGAAAUGAGAGUCAUGCUGGCCCAGCAUGACAAUGACAAACCUUCCGCUUCCAGUCUUCCAGACCCAGAUAUAUUUGCAUGUGAUACUGCUGAUUCAGUCGCAAAAGAUCUCCUGGUCGGGAGCAGUGGUGGUGCAAAUCCAAAUGUCGUUGUUCCUGUCAGGAGGUCGAUUGCUGGUACUCCAGGUGCUGCAGCCAGAAGCUGCAACUCGACGUCCACAGAUCAAAAUCAUGCGGCGACAAGCAGUUCAACAACGACAACGUCAGGUAAAUUAAAUCACCUACAACUCCCCCGGCUGAAUUUGGGACAUACAUCGUCCUCGAACCACUUUUCGACGCACCAAUUCACCUCUCCGACACCCCGGUCUACGUCGCAGCACGACGGCGGUCCGCCGCGGGAGGAGUUCAGCAUCGCAACGCCCGCGAGAAUUGCGCGGUCCCUUUCUCCGAGUUCUACCUCAGAAAUAGACCAAGUCCAAGUUGUUCAACGUCUGCCACUGGGAGCAGGACCUGGUGCAACUGCUGGAACAGAUGAAGAUCAUCAAGCCUCUGCAAUCCUGAGCCCGGCUCCGAGUCGCGGUUCAACUUCCACGAAAGACUUCCCUGGUAAGAACCCAAAUAUCACCACGGCGGCAGGGAGGAACAAAUACAGCGGCAACGAGAACGAUCUUGCUGGGAAGAUUCCGGUCAGCAGUAGGACGACCAGUAGGGAGUCUAUUGCAGCUGCACAAUCCGAGCUUGUAAGUGAGAAUCCAGAACCUGCUAGAAAGGGAAAAUGAGAAGCGGAACUUUGAGUAAGUAACGAAAAACUUUAAUCUGGCGUCAUCAACAAGACCUCCGCAGGAACAAUACAGGACAGCAGCAGCCAGCAGGAGGGAGGCCCUAGAAGUACUCCUUCCGAACGUCGUGAAGGCACUCGCUAGCCGAUUGAGUGCUUUGAUACACUACUUCCAUGCAUCUCUCUAGUUUCCAAGAAAAAAUCAAAACAAUGAAUGACACUCGAGCAGUACUAGCUGUAUCUAUUAAAAGUUGAUAUAGAGUCGUGAGGCUAGUAACAGUCAAUACAAAUACUCAAACCUUUUGGUCGGUUCUUUCUGUUGUCGGAUCACGCGUCUUGAAGAGAUAAAUCGACGUGGCUAGAGGUGGACGAGAUAAGCGUGGUCAACAUGGUGAAGGCUCGAUGGCCCAGCGCGAUCAAGUACUUAGCGCCAGCACCACUUCCAAAUAAUUUCUUUGCUGUACCACUGCCACUUUCACUCCGACACGAAAUCACAAUCCACCAGUUUCCGAGCUUUCUUUUGAUCUUGUCCCGAGACCGAUUUUGCUGGUUUGUUUGUAGAGUAUGACAACCAAGUAGUACUUGAGCUUGAGGACUAAGACAAC